ACACAAACAGAACACCCUAUCCACAACGAACUGGCUGACAUCAUUAGUCACGUGGUAAACGGGUACUCUGAUAAGGUGUUUAUAUUUUUCUGGGGGAAGAAGACACAUCCAACAAAGAUGUUUUAUGCACUAGGAGCACUACUUCUGGCUAAUUUAGCCUCUGCACAAGUUUUUCAAAUCGAGAUUGCGAACACCACAGUGGAGUAUGGAUCAACAGAUAUCAGCAUUUCUUGUGUGGUGACGAACGGAUCAACGCUCGGUACGGUGUUCGCCAUCUCCCUCAAAAAGUCCGAUGCUUCAGUUGUAUCCAUAACCACAUCCCCAAACGAAGGCAUUUCAUGGCAAGACACGUCCUUGCAGAACCGUAAUGGCGUCACAGCCAAUGGAUCCUUAAGUGACGUCAGCAAGGCGCACCUUCAUCUUUACAUUCCGAGUUCUUCGGUCGUUUACCCUGAUGAUGAAGGUACUUACCAGUGCACCAUGUCAGGGUUAGAUCUGAUGAAUACUCCGGUUACCGAAAAUUCGGAGUCAGUGUUUCUUAAUAUUACAGGAUAUAUUGAUACCACUAAAGCUCCUGAUUUGUCGACAAUAACAGUUCCAAGCUCAACAAAUCCAGGUUGUGAGCUGUCCAGGGGAAGUAUACUGCUGAUGUUUCUGACUAUUCUUGGAUGUACAGUGAUGCGAAGAUUUUGAGUUUAAUUUUAAAAGAUAAAAAAAUGAAAUGAGAUCCAAAACACAUCAAAUUUAACCCAUUUCAUUUUAUUUUUCAUAGCCUUUAAAUUACAAAUGCAACUAUGGUACACCUUUAGCACUUAUUAUGUUAUAUUAUGAUCCCUUGAGGAAUUCAUGUAUAUACAUUUGGUUUUGAUUUAUAAAUCGCUAAUUAAAAUUUAUUUUACAUAUAUAUCAAGUUUGUCUUAUUCAUAUGAAAACAGACAUUUAGUUUUUAAAGGCAUCGAUAAGUUGAUUUUUUUGUGAUGAGUGGAAUAUCUGAAUAUGUUCUCUGAAUAUGUUCACCAAAUACUGCAUUGUCUGUCUGGCGUGAACAAAUAAAAUCCUCAGUUUACUUUGAUGUUUUUUGAAUAUAUAUGGUCGUCGUUUUCCUUCUCUAAUUGUAUCGAUUGAUCGAAGUUUUGCAUUCGGUUUUAAGUUUUCGAUUUUAUACACAAACAGACACUGGAAAUCAGAUUCAUGUUGUAAAAUUGUAAGUUUUUGAAGUUUGUUUCCCUUCAUAUCCAUGAUCCCAACUAAAAUGCGAUAUAUAUAAGUAACCCUUUUUUAACUGUUCACCAGUCACGUAGGUCACGUAGUAAAAACCAUGAAAAC